GAUUUUGUUUUUUUAUUAUUAAUAAUUGUGUUUAUAAUUAUAAUAAUAAUUGAUUUUUUUAAAAAAAAACAAUGCAAUCAAUGGACGACUCGUUGUGUGAUUUAAGUCGAUAUCAAUUGUAUUCAAUGGUUAACGCAUUGAGACGUGAAGUCCAAUGUUUGUCAUCCGAUUUAUUAAGAUAUCAAUUGUUUGCCGAAAAAUACCGAAAAUUGUUGAAUGAAUUGAAUGAAAAUAUCGGUGAAAUUGGUGUUGAAUUUGAUGAAGACUUGAGACAAAUGAAACAACAAUUGAUGUCUUUAAGUGAUGACAACGACUGUGAGGUCGCCAUCAAUGAAGAUACUAAUCAUGACAUGAAUUUAAGAUAUUUGGACAAAGAAUGUCAAACAACAACAACAACAACAAGUGAUAUGAUUAAUGAAGAUAUUGUUAUCAAAAGUGAAAACACCGGCGAAGAAGAUGACUACGAGGAAGUAGUGGUUGAAUGUGAUGUUAAUUAUGGAUCCACUGUUGGUGAUGACAACAACAACAACACCAAUAGUGAUGUCGACUAUGAUGACUGUUAUUUCAAGACAGAGACCGACGACGACAAGUCACUGUUUGACUGCUAUUUAAACAAUCAACUGAUGAUUACUUCGUCGUCGGCGACAUUCAAAUGUGUUUACAACGACUGUCCCGUUGUUUGCCGAUCGCAGGACGCACUCAAACAGCAUCAGAUCGGUCGCCAUCCGGAACUCUGGCCAAACAUUUCAUGGAAAGUAUGUCCUCAGACCGGCUGUUCCUAUCGGACCAAACUGGCACUCGAUAUGUACAAACACGAGAGACGCCACUCGAAGCCACAUAAAUGCGAUGUCUGUGGCAAAGGUUUUGCCUACAGUACAGCACUUCGGGUACACCAGAGGUCGCAUAACAGUGCACUGAAAGUCCAGUGCCAGUGGCCGGGAUGCGACCGAUUGUUUUCAAGUAGAAACGAUAUGACCAAACAUAUGAACGUACACACUGUCGAUGUAAUCUAUCCGUGCAAUUGGCCCGACUGUGACAAACAGUUUGUGUUGCGUAAGUCACUAGAACAGCAUAUCGCCCGAAUACAUAAGGGUCGGGUAGACUACCGGUGCCGAUGGCCUGGCUGUGACUAUAAGACAACUAAUCCGGUUAGAUAUCAUAAUCAUCGGCAAAAACAUGAGGGAUCUCUACCGCUAUAUGAGUGCCAAUACAGUGAUUGUGUUUAUAAGACUAAUAAUAAGUCGUCGUUUACUAAACAUGUGAAUAAUAAACACACAAAUAAUUAA